AUGGCAUUACCUCGAAUGCGAAACACCGUCUUCUACAGUGCAGUGAUACUAUCAAUUGUGUUUACAAUGCUUGACUACCCUUUUGCUCAGCUGUUAAACCCGAUGUUCUUCACCAACCUGUUUGUUGCUUGGGAGCUGUCUCGUAUUGGCAUCCAUAACCAAACACAGGAAGUUCAUCUCCG